AUGGAUCUGGUGGAAAGAGUACCGACGCCAAUCCUCACCUUUUUUUACCCUCUCAACGAGCCUAAUCGUGUCCGUACGAAGGAGCUUCAAAUAUUAUGUCUUGGACUCGGCCGGACUGGGACCGAGAGUCUGCAAACGGCCUUUUAUGAACUGGGAUAUCAUGAUGUACACCACGGAUGGCACAUGGCGCUACACACGGAGGAAGCGCCUCAGUGGUAUCGCCUGUCGUUGGCAAAGUAUCGAUACCCUGAUCCCGCCUUUCUCAAUCGAAAGGAAUUCGACAAGGGCAGGUUGAAUCGCGUCGAUAUCCUCGCGAACUUACUGACGUGUGCUCGAAUAGUGCUGGGCAACUGUGAAGUCGUCACUGACAUGCCCUCUGCUGCCUUUGCCGUCGAAUUGCUACGCGCCUACCCCGAAGCAAAGGUCGUCCUCAAUCGCAGACGGGACGUGGACAAGUGGCAUGCAAGCAUGAUGGCCACUCUGGGCAACAUGUACUCCGACUGGGGUUCCUGGGCACGGCAGUGGGUGGAGGCAGAGAACUUUUGGCUCAUGCGCAUCGUACGAGCGGGCUUCUACCCCAAGUACAGGUGGGAUGUUGCGCGGCAUGGGGUGGAGGUGUACAACCAGCACUACGCCGACUUGGAAGCGGAAUGUCGGAGACAAGGACGCGAAUGGCUGGACUGGACGGUACAGGAUGGAUGGGAGCCGCUGUGCAAGUUUGUGGGAAAACCCAUCCCAGACACUCCGUUUCCGAAUGAGAAUGCAGUUGGAGGUUUUGCGGAGAAGCGGCUUCAGUUGCAUCAGGAGAGAUUCCGCCGUGCAAACAGGAGGCUUAUGAUCUGCCGGUGGUUGAUCGCGACGGGUGGUGUCCUUGGUGGGGUGUGGUGGUGGAGAGACUCCGAUCUGGUUCAUUCGUUGUUGCGGCGGCUCGGGUAG